CAUAGUCUUACAACGCAACACAUUGACAGAGGCGAAGACAAGAUCACAACAACCAGUCGUAGCACUAGUGCAGUAGCUGCUGCUGCUGCUGCUGCAAACCAAACUUUCGGCGGGCUGGGUUGCAAUUGCAAUUUGCAAGCCACAACACGGCAUUUGGAUUUGGCAGAUUUUGGGGGCUGCUGCCUGUGACGUGGUCUUCCGUUUCGGCUUCUUCUCCUUCGCUUCCUCGCUCGGUUUUCCUGGUCCACGGCGACCUCCCUUCCCGGUCAGGUCAGGGCUUCUCUUCCUCCUCCGUAUCGUCCCCCCACCCCACGCGGCCACGCCACGCCACCAACCCCGACCAAACCUUCUCUCUCUGCUCCACCUCCGCCCGUCGGAUUCGGGGCUGCCGCAGCCCAACUCCUGCUGACUUCAACAUCCCCCGCCAUUCGCGCCAUGAUUAUUCCUCCCCUCCCCUGCCCUCAGAGCUGCUACUACUACUAGUUGCCCGUUGCUGAUCCCCAUCCCUUCCCUCCCACCCACGCCGAGCUCUUCCCCGCAAUCCUCACCCAAAUCCAACAAGAGGACUAAGCAAGAACCUAGCUAACCAGCAGCCGGUACCCCAUCCGGCGGGGGCAUUCAUGGCGUCGAUCCGCCGGCCGCACUCGCCGGCCAAGCAGCACCUGCUCCGCCACCACCCCCCCUUCGGCCCCCCCUCCCAGCCCUCCUCCCCGCUCCGCCACUCCUCCUCCAGCUCCUCCUCCCCGAGGACCCACCACCACCUCGCCGCCGGCUACCCGCACCCCUUCCUCUUCCUCUCCCGCCGCCCGCUCCCGCGCUUCGCCGCCUUCUUCCUCCUCGGCUCCUUCCUCGGCCUCCUCCACUUCCUCUCGCACCUGCCCCACACCCCGCACAUCCGCCCGGCGGACUCCUCCUACUCCCCCAACCCCGUCGCGUCCGCAGCCGACCAGUUCCCCAUCCGGGUACAAGACGACGACGACGCCGCCGAUGACAACAGGAAGAAGCUGCUCAUCGUCGUCACGCCCACGCGCGCCCGCGCCGCGCAGGCAUACUACCUCGCCCGGAUGGGCCAGACGCUGCGCCUCGUCGACACGCCCCUGCUCUGGGUCGUCGUCGAGGCGGGCAAGCCCACGCCCGAGGCCGCCGCCGCGCUGCGCCGCACCGCAGUCAUGCACCGGUACGUCGGCUGCUGCGACAAGCUCAACGCAUCCUCCGCCGCCGCCGACCUCCGCCCGCGCCAGAUGAAUGCCGCGCUCGAGCUCGUCGAGAACCACCGCCUCGACGGCAUCGUCUACUUCGCGCACGAGGAGGGCGUCUACUCCCUGGACCUCUUCCAACGCCUGCGACAAAUCAGGAGGUUUGGCACAUGGCCUGUUCCAGUGAUCUCUGAAAACAAAAAGGAUGGUGUGGUGCUGGAGGGCCCUGUAUGUAAGCAGAAUCAAGUUGUUGGAUGGCAUACAAGUGAAGAGAACAGCACGAUCCUUAGAUUUCACGUUGCUAUGUCAGGAUUCGCAUUCAACAGCACCAUGCUCUGGGAUACCAAGCUGAGGUCCCAUGUGGCCUGGAAUUCAAUUCGCCAUCCAGAAACGGUGAAAGGAGGUUUCCAAGGAACCACGUUUGUAGAGCAACUAGUGGAGGAUGAAAGCCAGAUGGAAGGCGUGCCUGCUGACUGCUCGCAUAUAAUGAACUGGCAUGUGCCAUUUGGAUCUGAGAAUCUCGCCUAUCCUAAAGGAUGGCGAGUUGGGACGAAUCUGGAUGUGAUUAUUCCUCUUAAAUAGUACCACCAGCUAUGUUCAACAAAGCACUAACUCCUUUGACAGGCAUAUACUGUAGAAUUAAAAGCCAAGAAGCUUUGGCUUGAAUAGUGCAGAGGAUUCCCAGAUUUGACUACUUUCAAGAAGCAGCUCUUGGAAAGAGGAGGCUUCAGGUUUUGCGCAAGAUCAUGCAGAAUUUCUGCUGUUAUAGUCAGAAUUUUUGGGAAAUAUUUUGUAGGAUGAAAAUUAGUGCAGCAUCACCAAAGAAGCCAGCCAUUUCAAUGCAAAGCUGUGCAUUGUAUUUGUACAUGUUUGUAUUCAUUUUUUUAGUUCACAAGCCAAAAGGUGUUAAAUACAAAGUUUUAAAUCUUUUGCAUAGUUACUGAUUAUUUCAGGAGUUUCAGUUAAAGCAUGCGUCACUUUAUUUUGAAGUGCUGAA